AUGGAGGGAGUGGUUUUCGUUGGAGUGCUGGAAACAGUAAAGUCUGUAGACGUGUUCGUCGCCGUAGAAUUUGAUGUAAUCGCAGGGAUGGUGCAUUGCUUCCAGCGAUUGCCGGACAUGCCGAUACGUACACGAAAGAUCCUGCACGAGUUCCUCCCAGAUCGUCGUGUGAAUUUGAAGGCGCUUCAGGGAGUUCUUCAGGGUGUCCUUAUAGCGCUUCUUAUGUCCUCCAUGUUGGCAAGCACCCAAAGACAUCCGUUUUCGGAAUCCUGUCCUGACAUCUCAGCUUCAGUAUUUGGCGGAGACAGCUGGGGUGGAAAUGGUUCAGCUUCCGAGCUCGGUUUGCCUUGUCGGCUUUGGAGAUCCGGUGAGCAAUCACGUGUUGCGCUGCAGUGUGCUGCCUAUAUAGGCCACUAUUUCGGAAGUUUUGAUUUCGGUGCGAUUAACAUUGAUCCGUGGAACCUUAACAUCAACAGUGGGUGGCGGUUAAUUCAUGAGUAUCGUGUUAUCUGUGUUGAUGGUAUGUCCGAAGUGGGCACAAUCGAUGGUAAAGAGUUCCAUAGUCCUUCGCAUGUCCUCUCCUAUCAGGAUGUUGAGCGCGCAAUUGUUCGUGAAGAGCAUGCGGUGACCCUUUAG